CACAGGUGAAAAACCUUUCAGCUGCUCGGAGUGUGAUAAAGCUUUCACCGAAAGUGGAAGUCUGAAGAAACACAUGAGAACUCACACAGGAGAAAGACCUUUCAGCUGCCCAGUUUGUAAGAAAUCUUUUAGAGAGAGAGGAGGUUUACGGUCACACAUGGCAGUCCACACAGGAGAGAAAAGAUUCAGCUGCAGUGUUUGUAACAGAAGAUUUGCCUGGCGUUCUGACGUCAAAACACAUAAAUGUGUUGGUCCGAUGGAAACCAAAGCUGACGGAGAGGACUGUGGAGGACCAGAACCAGCCAGGAACUCACAUCCACGUUUACAACCAAAGACUGAAGACCAGACUGGAGACUCUUCUGAUCCUGAGACUGAUGACAGUGCUGAUCGGAAGGAGACCAGAGAACCUCAGGCAGCUUUAAAUUCUCUCAAACAGGAUUCAACGUAUGUUGAGCAGCUGCCGGUGGUUAAAGAAGAGGUUCCC